CUCACCUCGCAGUGAUUCGAUUUCUUCAAUAGCUCAACUACAUGGGACAUCUUGAUAAAGCCACAGCCAUUGCCUCCAACCGUACUGUGAGGCGACCGACAUGUAUUCUGAUGAGGAUGGCUCUGCCUCAAGGCAAAGCCAGGCAGCCUACAACAUCCGGAUACGACUGCUUGUAUCAGCGACCUCUGUCCUAUCGUGGUUGGGGCUGGCAGCAGCAGUUGCAAACGGUGAAUAUUCUCCAGGAAAUCUACAGUUCUCACUGUCGUCGAAUCAGCUGAGCCCACUCGGAUGGAGCAAGUAUUUGUGGCUUCUUCUUCCACUGCAUAGUCUGUCUAUUCACUGGACCGAAAGUCCCCCAAGCGUCUAUAGCGCUGGGCUCAGAGGGUCGCUUUUAGCUAUCCUCACCCUCUCUUUACUUUGCUUCCCAAGAGCGCCAACUGAUGACAGACCCUUCUUUGCUCUGUCACAGGUGCCUUUGCAGGUCUACGCAGCGGUUAGCUUGGCAAUCGUCCAACUUCUAUAUCCUCGUCGACCAGAUCUUUUCACACCGGAUGGCAAGCCCGUGGACCUAGAAAACAGCUCUUCGGCGUUCCAUAAGUAUUCUAUGCACUGGUGUGCGAAUGCUCUAAGCCUCGCUGGCAAUCAUGUUGGCCUUGACCAACUUCCUGCUUUGGAUUAUCGUUCCAGGUCGAAGAGCCAGCCACUUCUUCUUAUUAUGCCUUCUCGGACCUCUCUGUGGAAUCGAAUUGCAACCGACCGGUUCGCCGGAUUCGUCAAACAAUGGACUCUGAUGUUUGUACGAUCAUUUGUUACCUUUGGGUCGCCUUAUUGUGUCAUGCAGUUGCUGAAAAGCCUCGAAGAUAAUCGCGGUUCAACAUACGACGCUUGGAUGUGGCUGAUUGGAAUUGGCAUAUCUUCCUUGUGCCAAACGUUAAUUCACUAUCACCUCCUCUGGAUACAGUGGUCAGAGAUGGCUAUCCCUGUUAGAGCACAGCUAAUUAUGGCGAUGUUCGUCAAAGCCCUAAGGGUGAAAGACUCGAAAGAUCCAAAAACCUCAAAAGCGGCUUCAGAAAAGCCCGAGGCCAUCAAUCUCAUCUCAUCAGACACUGCAAACUUCUGUAAAUUCACUGCUGUUAACCACUAUAUCCCCGCACUGCUCUCCAAAUUUCUUUUUGCUGCGUUGUUUCUCUUGAGGUUACUUGGAUGGCAGAGCACCCUAGCUGCAAUGGUGGUCACUGCAAUAAGCGUACCGGUACAUACAUUUGUCAUUAAGAAGGAACGCGUGGCGCAGAAGAACCUUGCAGCAGCAAGAGACAAAAAGACCAAAGCGAUCAACGAAGCUAUGCAUGCACUCCGACAAAUCAAGUUCUCCGCCUUGGAAGCUCAAUGGGAAGAACGCCUAGAGACUUUUCGACAAGAAGAGAUAAAGCAAUUACGCAGGAGUUUCUUUGCCAGAAACGUAAGAUCUGUAUGGAGCGUUGCCUCUCCAUUCAUUGUCGCAGCGUCUUCAAUUUGCACCUACGCAUACACCAAGAGGUCAAUAUCUCCAUCUGUUAUCUUUCCGAUGAUUGAGCUCCUGCCUUACCUCCAAGGAACAUUAGGAUUCCUUCCUGUUGUAUUCCACGAUUACUUCGGUGCCAGGGCAAAUGGGCGCCGCAUGGAGGACUAUUUGAGACGGCCGGAGCAGCAAAGGGUCCUUGAGCCCAGUCCAUCAGGUCAUGUUUCAUUCCAGAAUGCGUCCGUUUCCUGGCCGUCGGAUGAGCUAGACGGAGAGAUCAAGCAGGAGAAGGAAACUGUCUUGCAGCAUCGAUUUUCCCUCUACAAUAUUAAUCUCGAGUUCCCUGUUGGAGAGCUUAGCAUUAUUCACGGUAAAACAGGAUCAGGGAAGAGCUUGUUGCUCGCUUCCAUACUCGGAGAGAUUGAUUUAUCAGGUGGCCGUAUCAAGGCACCAUCGAUGGCUGAUGAGCAACCGGUCGCAUUUGUAUCCCAAACGCCGUGGCUCCAGAAUGCUACAAUCAAAGAGAACAUCUUAUUCGGAAGCCCUAUGGACACCGAAAGAUACGAGAAAGUUCUGAGAGCCUGUGCACUUUAUCCUGACCUUGCUGCCUUGGCCAAGGGCGAUGAGACCCAAAUCGGUCUACGAGGCGUCAAGCUCAGUGGAGGCCAACGCGCGAGACUUUCAUUCGCAAGGGCAAUUUACUCUAGUGCGAAAACUCUAAUUCUCGACGAUAUAUUUUCAGCUCUCGAUUCUCAUGUCUCCAGGGAAAUUUUCAAUGCACUCACCGGCGAAUUGAGCCAAGGCCGGACGCGGAUUCUUGCAACACAUCGGGUGUCCUUGUGUCUAUCAAAGUCCAAGUACAUUGUCCAUAUACAGGACAAUACUAUAAGGUAUGCAGGCAAUACCGACUCAAUUGAAGAAAAUUGGGAUGUUGUCGAACCUGAGGCGCCCACCGAAGCCGGCCCACCAGUGCAAGAAAGACCGAAAGAAACUUCCCGCACGAAGACCACAACCAAGGCCCUUGACGCGCGGACAGACCUGAAGGUGUAUAAGAGCUACUUCACAGUCGCAGGCGGCCUUGGAUUUACUACAUUAUAUGUUUUGGGCCUCGUCAUCAAGCAGCUUUUAAGUUCGUUGACAACAUGGACCUUGGGGCGUAUAAAUUCGGUACGCCAAAAGACCGUCAUUCAACCAGAGAAUGCCUCGCCACAUAUUGCCCAUGUGGAAGGCGGAUUGCAGCAGUAUCUAUACCUGUAUCUGCUCAUUUCUUUGCUAGCUGUAUUCUUGCAAUUUCUUUUCAAUUUGCAUACAUAUGCAGGGUCAUUACGCGCGUCUAAGUCUCUAUCUCGCGAGGUUACGUCUAGAGUCCUUCGAAUGCCUCUCCUGUGGCUUGAUAACACACCCAUUGGGGAGAUACUGAGACGGUUCACCGUGGACGCAAAGCAUGUUGAUGAUCAGGUUCUCGGUACCAUGUCUGAUUUUGCCGACAAUUUCGUUCAGAUGACGGUUAUAGCAUGCAUCGGGCUAUAUACAUCCAUGUACACGAGCUUCUUGACUGUUGCUCUCUUAUACUGGUGUGCAGUAGUCAGCAAGCGCUACAUCAAAGCUCGAACGACAGUCAAGCGAGCUGAUGCAGAGCCAACCGCCGAUAUUCUCGAACAUUUCACAUCAUCUGCAGCAGGAGUCAUGACGAUCCGGGCCUUCGGUGCAACAGAUCAGCUAGCUGAACAAAUGCAUCAACGGCUCGAUAAUUUGUCCACCGCCCGGAGACAUUUCUUUAUUUUCAAUCGCUGGCUGGGCCUCCAGAUGUCUCUUGUAGGUGUCCUCUUCAGCACCGGCACGGGCAUUAUUCUAAUGUCGUCGCGCUCUGUGAUUGACGCCUCUUUGAUUGGAUUCUCCCUGAGCUUCUCCAUGGGCUUUUCGCAGGCCGUGUUCCAGGCCAUCAACAAUUUUGGAAUGCUGGAAACCUUCAUGAACGCAGCGGGAAAUGUUAUAGCAUACUCUGAGAUGGAGACCGAACGUCAAGGCGGUCAAGAAGUCCCAGACAGCUGGCCAUCAAAGGGAACGGUUGAGGUCAAGUCCCUUAGCGUUUCCUAUUCAACUGAUCUCCCCCUUGUCCUCAAGAAAGUAUCAUUCAGUGUUGAGGGCACCACAAGAGUCGGCAUUGUAGGCCGCACUGGAGCCGGAAAAUCAUCACUAACACUGGCCCUUCUGCGCCUAAUUGAACCCCAAGCCGGCUCAAUCAUCGUCGAUGGCAUCGACAUCGCAACCAUCAAGCUUCAGAUCCUCAGGUCCAGAAUUGCAUUCAUCCCACAAGACCCUGUCUUAUUCUCCGGAACUGUGCGAUCCAACCUUGACUACUUCCACCAAAUCCCAGAAGCCACACUCAAAGACUCCCUAAAACGCGUCAAAUUGCUUGCAGAAAGCCCGGAGGACGAAAGCACCGGCCUAUUUACCCUUGACACACCUAUUAGCGCCGGAGGGGCAAACAUGUCCCAGGGCCAGCGGCAGCUUCUCUGCCUUGCACGGAUCCUAAUCAAGGACCCGAAGAUCAUCAUUCUCGACGAGGCGACGUCAGCCGUGGAUCACAAGACGGAUUUAUGGAUUCAGGAGACAAUUCGAAACCAGUUUAGUGGGACAUUGAUUGUUGUUGCGCAUCGACUGAGGACAAUAUCCUCAUUUGAUAAGAUACUAGUCAUGAGUGAGGGGGAGAUUGUGGAGAUGGGGACGCCAGCGGCGCUACUGAAGAAUGAGGGGCUGUUCUAUGAUCUUGUUCAGAGCAGUGAGGACAGGAUGUUUCUGAUGGAUACAAUUGGAUGAGGGACGUGCGUCUAAUAUGGGUGUCGGAGAUGAUACAGGGUCGAUUGGGAUCCGACUAGGUUAUGGGUUGUUAGAAAUUCUACACACUAGAACUUAGUGUUGUAGGAGCAAGCUUCACGACUACUGGUCUGCAAAUGUUCACCCUAAGGGUAACAGUGACUACCCUGGAUGAUCAAUAAUCGAUCAGCAUCUGCAGGCCCUAAGCCUUCCGUGUUAUC